AUGGCGCUCUGGCUCGCCACGGCGCUACGUGGCCUGUUGGGCGGCUUCUUUGUGCUCACCGGGACGGUGAAGCUCUCGGAGCACAUCUCAGCUCCCGCGUCCGAGCAGAUGAGAGCCCUGUUCGUGCAGUUCUCCGAGGUGUUCCCACUGAAGAUGUUCGGCUACCAGCCCGAUCCCCUGAGUUACCAGGAGGCCGUGGGCUGGCUCGAGCUGCUGGCUGGGCUGCUGCUAGCCCUGGGCUCACCGGAGCUGCAAGAGAUCAGUAACUUACUCUUGACCCUGCUCAUGAUGGGGGCCAUCUUCACUUUGGCGUCUCUGAAAGAGUCUCUGAGCACCAGUAUCCCGGCCCUCGUCUGCCUCGGGCUCUUGCUGCUGUUGGAUUUCUGCCGCUUCUUAUUCCCAGCUGAAGAGGUAGUGGUCCUCACCAGGCAGACUCCAAGUGCACCCAAGGACUUUCCGCAGUAGAA